CGGUCAUGUGAUUCCUGUUUUUUUUUCCUCCUUCGAAGUUGAAAGGCAGGAGCAGAGAGCGGCGGAGGGGGCCCAGCUUUGCCUUCCUACUUGCCGUGGAUGCAACGUUUUCCGUCCCCUUUUCCAUUUCACAUUUUUGUUUGUUUCUCGGUGUGAUAUUUUCACUCCAACCUUCCCUUCGCAAUGGCGGGGGCUAUUAUUGAGAAUAUGAGCACCAAAAAGUUGGUGAUAGUGGGAGUUAUUCUGCUUUUGUUUCAGGCGUUUGCCUUCAUGGUCGGCGGUUUAAUUGCUCCCAGCCCCACCACACCGGUACACUACUUGGCCGCCAAGUGUGUGGACACAACCAAGCACCGACAGGAAUCAAAAUGGUUCAUGCCUUGGGGUCCCAACCAAUGCGACAGAAUCCGGACCUUUGAUGAAGCCAUGGCCAAGAAGAUUGAGGCCAACAACAUUGUAUUUGCUGUCCACAUUCCUCUGCACAACAAGGAGAUGAGCCCCUGGUUCCAGUUUAUGCUGGUCAUCCUGCAGUUUGACAUCGCAUUUAAGAUGUACAACCAGAUAGAGGACGGAGCUAUGGCCACCAUUGACGUGGGCCUGGCCUACAGAGACGACACAGUCAGUGAGUGGACAGAGAUGGCUCACUCCUUUGAACAAAGGAAGCUCAGCUGCAACUUCACUACUACCAAGACCAUAGAGAACGAGGGACGUUACUAUGAGUGUGACCUGUUGCCUUUCAUGGAGGUUGGCAGUGUGGCCCACAAGUACUACCUUCUUAACAUCCGCCUGCCUGUCAACGAGCGGAAGAAGAUCAAUGUGGGGAUCGGAGAAAUAAAAGACAUUCGUCUUACUAGCAUCCACCAGAAUGGAGGCUUCACUAAAGUGUGGUUUGCCAUGAAGACGUUCCUCACACCCAGCAUCCUCAUCAUCAUGAUCUGGUACUGGAGACGGAUCACCCUCAUGAGCAGACCUCCUGUCCUGCUGGAGAAGGUAAUCCUCGCUCUGGGUAUCUCCAUGACAUUCAUCAACAUCCCAGUGGAGUGGUUUUCUAUUGGCUUCAAUUGGACCUGGAUGCUGCUUUUCGGAGACAUAAGACAGGGCAUCUUCUAUUCCAUGCUGCUGUCCUUCUGGAUCAUCUUCUGCGGGGAGCACCUCAUGGAUCAGACGGAGAGGAACCGUUUCUCAGUCUACUGGAAGCAGGUCGGACCCAUCGUCUUUGGCUCCUUCUGCCUUUUUAUCUUUGACAUGUGUGAGAGAGGGGUCCAGCUGACAAAUCCUUUCUACAGCAUCUGGGCUUCUGAUGUAGGAACUGAGCUUGCUAUGGCAUUCAUAAUUGUUGCAGGGAUCUGUGCCUGUCUCUACUUCCUCUUCCUCUGCUUCAUGGUUUUUCAAGUCUUCCGCAACAUUAGCGGUAAGAGGACGUCCCUGCCCGCCAUGACCAAGGCCAGACGGCUGCACUAUGAGGGUCUAAUUUUCAGGUUCAAAUUCCUCAUGCUGGUCACUCUGACCUGUGCUGCCAUGACUGUCAUCUUCUUCAUCAUCAGUCAGGUGAAUGAGGGCCACUGGCAUUGGGGAGAGCACACGGUGCAGGUGAACAGCGCCUUCUUCACCGGCAUCUACGGCAUGUGGAACCUGUACGUCUUCGCCAUCAUGUUCCUCUACGCACCGUCUCACAAACGCUAUGGAGACGAGCAGUCAAGUGGUCAGUGCAUUACUGGAGAUAACGGAGCAAACAGCGGAGAAGACAUCCAGCUGACGACUACCAUCACACACGUUGACGGCCCCACUGAGAUCUACAAGAUGACUGGCAAAGAGGCCCAGGAGUAGAUAUCACACUGUAAUUAAAACUCCCCUCUACUACCUACUGCUCCAACAACCCCCUCCCUCCUAUAUAUGUAAUCAAACUGGCUUUUCUCUUUACAUCCCGACCCUAAAACACCAUCAACAAUCCAGCUUGCAUGUAACCUACCAGUCCCACAGUUCUUGUCCUCCUCCGGAAGCAAACCCUCAGCUGUGUGACUUUUACGUGCCACCCUGUUCCCAAUUGUAUCUCUAAAGGCUGAAUAUUAUCAACAGUCCUUUUCUUUUCACUGUGGAAUUUUUUUCUUAUGUUUCAUACUUUAUGUAAACUGUGUUGUGUUUGUAAAUGUUGCACAACACUUUUGACACCAAAAAAAGAGAUUAGAGUGUAAAGAGAAACAUUUCUUGGUGGUCAGAAGUUGCAUUUCGUCACACUCCUGUUUUAAAAGUAGUGUGGUUAGACUAUAUAAAUUGUAAAGACCGGGACUUUUGACAAAAAUGGACAGCAAGAUUUAUCGGAUACAGUUACAGCUAUUUGGUUUGAUUUUCCGCUCAAUUAGCUGUCCUACUCUCAGUCACAGCCUGUCAAAUGCAUAUUCUUCCACAGAAAGUAGAUCAUGUUUAGUACUGCUGUCAGUCUCAAGUGGUGGAGAUCUUUUUUUGAAUUUUUUAUUAUAUCACAGGGGGAAAUGUACAGACCACAUAGCCACUUUGGGAAAUGCAUACUGUAUGUUCAUUAUGUUACAAUGUAGAUAUCUAUUUUUUAUAAAGUGCUUAUUUUCAACUUCACAAAAUAUAUGCAUCAAGCUCUAUCAAUGUUUUUGAAGUUGACUGUAGCCUAUUAUACAUGUUUCUUAGUUUGUUUUUGCUUUUUAUGCUAAUUUAAAUAAAAUACUUUUACCUAAUACCCUUGUGUAUUGGCAUACUGUUUGCACAUAUGUUUGGUUACUUGCCUUGUAUGUCUGAAUAUGAACAUGUAAUCAUAUGGGGAUAGUGCGCCUCUGCAUGGCUCAAAGCGGAACAGCAACCUGCUUUCACUUUUCUCAUCAGUAAAGUUAGACAAAAAACUAGUGUGAGACAGGAAGUAGUUAUCGUUUACAUUUCAAUUAAGAAUCUUGCUCUAAAUGAGUGAGAUUUGGGAGGUAAACUAGACUUGUUUUUGCAUCUCUAGUGCUUCAUCAGAAGUUGAAAAGCAUUAAUACUGUAAAUGAAGUUUUUAUGUACUUUUAGUUACUAAUAUUUUCUCUUUGGGAGACUGCUUUAUUCUAACACACUUCAGAGGAAAAUAAACUUUGCUGCAGUAAACAGUGAAGCUGCAAAUGUAGCUUUUACCUUAGCUAUGGAAUAUGCUCACAAUAUAUCUGUAUUAUUGCUGAUAUUUGGUGAACAAAAUCUCAAUGUGAUCUUUUCAGGAGCUUAGCAUCAUUUUGGAUAUUUUUUCCCUGCCAUGUUUCAGCUAAUUAAAAUGCAUACAUAAUUAUUCUGAAUAUCUUAGACUAGUGUUAUCAG